AUGGAGAAGCUGACGUUAGACAACCCCUUCUCAGAAGAGAUCACCAAUUUUCAAAUGCCAAAGAACUUUGUGCUGCCUAUUUCCCUUGAGCCAUACAAGGGGUUUGGUGAUCCCUGCGCUCAUAUCAAGAAAUUUCAAUCCAUGAUAUUUUUUAACGGCGCUAAUAAUGAGCCUAUACUUUGCCGAGCUUUCCCAACUUAUCUUGAUGGUGCUGCAUUACUCUGGUUCUCUAAGUUGUCUGCAGGUUCAAUUUCUUCUUUUGAAGAGCUGGCGAGAUCUUUCAUUGAUUACUUUGCCGCAUCAAGAAUAUAUGUACACGGAUCAGACUACCUCGGCACAAUUAGACAACGACAACAUGAAAGCCUAAAAGACUACAUGGCUCGAUUCGCUGAAGCCACUAUGGAGAUUCUAGACUUAGACCCUGCAGUCCACCUACACGCCCUUAAAACCGGCCUCCGACCUGGCAAGUUCCGAGAAAUGAUCGUAGUAACCAAACCAAAAUCUCUGGAAGAAUUCCGAGAAAGGGUUGCAGGUCAAAUGGAGAUCGAAGAACUUCGUGAAGCUCAUAAAAUAGACAAACAACCAACCAAAAGAGAAGAGGAGAAGACUUUCAAAUUGUCAGGUAACAAGGAACCAAAGAAACCUUUCAAGCUCACACCAUUAAUACCUACACCAGAUUCAAUACCAAGAGGGAGAACAUAA